UGGAGUUUUAUAUCUCAAUAUCAAUUCCCAAGGUAACUUACUCCUGAAAACAGAAUUCAUCCCAGGCGUUGCAGUAAUAUGUCACUUAUCUUGACAGCUGCCCAGCGUGCAGACGCGGCCCGGAUCGCGGAGAUCCACAUGGCCGCUUUCAGUUCCAAUGCCAUGCUUUUAGCUCAGUUCCCCACAACCGCUGUCCGGGACGCUCUAGAGAAGUGCAUUGAAUCAAAAGCACAUGCCGAUAUCAAUGACCCAAAUAUCACUGUUCUUGUCAUCCGGGAUACCAAUACAACAGAGUCAGGAGAGAGUAAGCAGGAUCAUACGCACCAAGCAUGCGGAACAAUAAUCGCUUUUGCUAAGUGGGCACAUCCUGUGUCUAUCAACGAUGUUUAUACUGAAUCUCCGUGGAUUUGGCCGGAGGGCACAAACUUGGAGGUCCUUGGAGAAUGGACUCGGAAGACCGAAGAAGCACAAGCAUACGCCGUAGGGGUUUCCCCAUGUUAUCAUCUUAGUUUUAUCGGUACUGAUCCAUCGCACGAAAGGCGUGGGGCAGCAACCAUGUUGAUCCAAUGGGGGAUCCACCAAUCCAAAAAGUAUAACGUCCCCAUCUAUCUUGAGAGUACCCUCGUGGCAGCGCCAUUGUAUAGGAAGCUUGGGUUUGUAGAGGUGGGCAAAUUCUCACUGAACUAUGAAGUACCAGAUUCAGGAAUAACUCAAACCUAGGUAUUCUCAUCAUCCAACAAUCUAGAUUAUAUUGUUCUAAGGUCAAAGAU